AUGGCCACAGCACCGCCUAUAAUUGACUUUGGAGUUUGGAAUGAAGCCGAUCCAGAAAAGAAAGCAACCCUCGUCCGGCAGAUCCGAGAAGCUUGCGAGAGACACGGAUUCUUCCAGCUGGUCAACCAUGGUAUUCCCCUUGACAUUCAACAGAAUGUUCUCGAGCAAGCCCAAACCCUGUUCAGUCUCCCAGCUGAGGUGAAAGAGAAAUACAGCAUGGACAUCGGCACACCGAACCUGGGGUACGAACACCUUCGCGCACAGAACUUCGAAAAACGAGGACCCGGCGACUUGAAAGAAGGAUUUUACCUCUGCCGAGAGCUGGCCCCAGACCAUCCUGCCGUGCAGGCUGGGAAGUUCUCGCAGGAUCUGCAAGAGGACUGGUUCGACGAGUUCUGCCGCGACUCAGCGACUAUUCUGCGGCUGUUGCACUACCCGCCGCAGGAAACGGACGAGUCAAGCUUGGAGCGAGGCAUCGGCGCGCAUACGGAUUUCGGCGGUCUCACUAUCCUACUGCAAGACGAUAAAGGCGGACUUCAGGUCUGGGACCGCGAGGCAUCUCAAUGGGCAGAUGUUGUCCCUGUACCCGGCGCGUUGGUGGUCAACCUGGGGAACAUGAUGAUGCGCUGGACGAACGAUCGAUAUUUAUCCAACCUCCACCGAGUGAUCAAUCGAAGUGGAGAGGAGCGAUACAGUGCGCCGUUCUUCUUUUCAGGCAACCCGGACUUUCUGGUGGAGUGUAUUCCGAGUUGCAAGGGGGAAACGGAGGCGGCCAAAUAUCCUCCCAUCACGGUGCAAGAGUGGAUGCUGGCGCGGUAUGCAGACACGUACGGGAACUCGCAGCAGGUUGAGGCUAUGGCGGAAUUAUCAAAAGAUACGGGGAAGGCGAUCGUCGUGGAUCGGAACGUAGACUGA